AUGUACGUCGAAACACCGCGACGCUCUAGUCGCCGCCGUCCCGAUCUCAACAUCGACACCUCUCCAACCGCCUACUCGACCAGGCCUGUUACCGCUGUCGCCUCACGAGACCCUGCUACCGCUGCCGCUCCCUCCGUUCCGCAGACGCCUCCGCCAAGGAGCAAGAAGAGGCCGCCGCCGCCGCCGCCUUCUUCUUCCUCGUCUGUCUCCAAGAGCAAGCCCAGUUCCCGGUUACUGAAAGGACCGGCCCUCUCCCGUCAUGCCGACGACUCGUUUCUAGACAACCCCGACUCACCCGAUAGCUUCGACAUGUCCGCCAACAAGGAGAACAAUAACCCCGAUCUUGCUCGUUUGCGCGACUCCCACGACUUGUCCCUGUCCCCGCGAAACGUUACACGCGACUCCCUCAUGGCCAACAUGCUCAUCUCCCUCGAUCAAUUUAACAUGGGCAGUCCAGUCUUCGGCUCGCUUGGGGCCGGAGCGCCGGGCAUGCUUGAUGAGCCGUCACAACAAUACCAGUACGAUACCGACGGAGACGGCUUCGCGACGUCGGUGCGAGGUGGGCGUGCCAAUGGGCACUCGUACUCAUACAGCUCCGAUUUCGAAGCCGACGAUGCGAGUAGGAUAUCCUCUCGUGGACGAAGAAGUAAUAGCAUCUCCAACUAUCAACCCGCCCUGCAUCGCAUCAGCAGCAUGCGCGAGCCGUUGCGAAGCACGUCAGGCCCACCGCGCCAGAUGCACUCUCGAGGAGGCAAGGGGAGCACGAAAAGCAGCAGCUCGAAUAGCAUCGAUGCCGGUUAUGCCCAGGUCCUCAGUAGUACGAGGUGGGCAUCGGGCUUUGGUGGUAGAUCAUCGAGUUUCGAUUACGGCCAUCGCCCUCCCGCACUGCAGGCCACACAACAACAACAUCAGCUGCUGCAGCCUCAACAAGCCGGAGGUGCCCCGUGGCAUAUCGAAUUUUCCAACAGUUUUUUCGCCGAUGACGACUACGACGCUGCGCCGACGCCUACUGUGCCUGGCGGGCCCCGACGCACGAUUUCGCUUUCGCCCGUGUCGCCUACGGGCGUCCCCCAUUCCUUAGCGGCCACACCCGGAUCCCUUGCGGUGGAGUCAGCCGAACCGCCACCCGUCGCGCUCGAACGCAAGCGAUCAAACCUGUCCGCAAUAAGUAGUUCAACGAACCACCGCAAGCCGGAAAACAAACCAAGCAACUCAUCUUAUGAAGAGACGCCGACUUUGCCAAUCUCGGCCCCAGUGUCUGGGUCGUCCGCCAUUUUAUCCCCAGCACCAUCUUCCAUCCCCGCGCUUGAGAUGGAUUCCGCACCUGCACCACACGUGGGCUACGGCAAGACCAAAGAGGCCGUGCACGGAGUACAGAUCCCGGCUCAGGCAGCAUCGCAAACGAAAGAAAAACCGGGGUUUUUCAGGCGAGUCUUCGGCUCCUCCAAGAAUAAUACUUUUAGCAACACGCCCGAUACGCAGAGCUCCACGGCCGUCACGUCGCCAACGUCUGUCGACGUCCCCGACCAAAGGUCAGGGAGCAAAUCCAUGCAAACCGCGAACCAGAUGAAGCCCUCUGGUUCCGCCACUUCGAGGGAUACCUCCUCAUCCCAUUCUCAGCAUCACGUGCUGCAGAAGAAGCCGAGUUCCUUCUUCCGUCGCAGGAAGAAGUCUGUGUCCGCCGACGAGGUCCCUCCCAUGCCAGCCGCCGCCACUCUCGAACCCCCAGUGCCCCCCUUGGUGCCCCCGAUUCAGUUGGCUGCAGCCAAGGAUAAACUUUCUGCGAAACCCGAACCCAGCCCAAUUAGUAGCCUUCGCAGAGUCAUGAACCCAUACCUGAAGGGCAGCCCGGUGACGCCAAACACGCCUUCGACACCACAAUCUGCCCCGCCUCUGCAAACUCUCAACUCUGAGAUGGCCUCCGAUCCCACUCCAGCUUCCCGCGACGACGCAAUCGACGAGCAGCCGCGCUCCUUCUCGCCCGAUUACGAGCCAAGUCCCAAUGCACGUAUACGAGAGGUCCGGACUGGAUCUCGUGAUGGUGAUGACAUGCCCUACGACUACGAACGGCGCACCGAUACCCCGACCCGGCGGCCCCCAGAACCUCCCAUGUCGGCAGAGAAGAGAAACAAUUCCUUUCUCGACAUCGAUGGCAGCGACAACGAAGCUGACAUUUUGUCAAAGCGGGGUAACAAUACGCAAAAGGACACUGGAUCCAGGUCUGCCAAGACGAACAAAGAUGCGUCGCCGCCGCGGAGGAGUGCUUCAGAUAGAAAGGAUAGGACCCUGAGAGGCAGAAACAACGACAAAUUGGCUGUCGCGCAGACAGACUCUGAUGAAGAAGGCAACAGACCAUCGCUAAUUCUGCCGAUUGAGGGUACCAGGUCUGCCAGCAGGGCAUCGGGAUCAACUGCGACCGACUACAAGUCUGCCAAGAGCAGUGCUCCUAGCCCGAGCGUCAGAAUCGACCCCUCGGGGAACAGCAGCCCCAAGGCCCACGGCACGUUUGAGUCCAUGGCCGCGAAGCCUCUGGAUGAGCCCGACUUCGUUGUUGGAGACCCAACAGAGGACGACCGCCAAAAGGCCCAAAAAAUCUUUGAUGGUAACGAGGACUUCAUCCAGAAGGAGAAGGCCGCCGCGUGGAUGGGCGAGGAAGGCCCCAUCCGUCAGAGAACCCUGCAGGCCUAUAUGGAUCUUUACGACUUCACCAGCAAGAGCAUCUUGCAGAGUCUUCGUUUGGUUUGCGAGCGUUUGGUCUUCAGGGCGGAGACGCAGCAGGUGGAUCGCAUUUUGGUUGCCUUUUCUAAGCGUUGGUGUGACUGCAACACCAACCACGGAUUCAAGGCAUCCGAUGUUAUCCACACAAUCUGCUAUUCAAUCAUGCUGCUCAACACUGACUUGCAUCUGGCUGACAUCGAACAAAAGAUGACGCGGAGCCAGUUCGUCAAGAACACCAUGACCACCAUCACUCAGGCGGUGGCGGAGUCGGCUCCCGACGCGUUCGAACGGCCAACCAUACUGCCAGGCAAGUCCAAUAGCGCUCUUGGAGGCGACGAUUCCAGAGCAUCGGCAGAGGAUCGUUCCACUUCGCGCCGCUUGUCGUUCCGACCCCCGCCGAGGCACGAGGUCGACGGGUCCGGAGACCACAGCCAUGACGAAUGCGGGCCCCUGGUGAAGGCGCCGUUCGACGGUUCGAUGCGCGCCUGGGAGGCUCAAGUUGAAGUCGUCCUCAAGGACAUCUACGCCUCGAUCCGCGACGAGCGAUUGCCACUUUUCGGCGCCGAUCCGUCGAAGAACCUCGCGCCGAACUCGCAUGGCAGCUUGUCUGUCAUUGGCAUGUUGAAGCGAACGCCCAGCGUUCUGAGUAAGGCCCCGUCUGAGAGUCAGGCAUCUAUGCGUGGGCGCAUAGCUGAAAAUGGCCGUGCCCAUUCUUCCAGAUGGAAUUCGAAGAGCAGGUCACGACCUCGUAUGGGCAAUCCGGGAUUCUCUUCAUCGCGAACGAGCUUCGACGACGGAAACUCAGUUUGGAGCCCUACAUUAUCCUCGGCAACCUGGAGCAAGCUCUCGUUGGGCCGAACGCAGACAUCGAUGUCUGUCGAUUCGCUCAGCUCGUCAUUCCGCGGGGGCGACUAUCAACAGUCCAUCGGAUUUGCCAACGCCCUUAGCCAGGCCGUCAUCCGUGACGAUGAAUCAGCUGUCAGUAAGGAGCCAUCCAUUGUGAGCGACGAACUGAAGCCUACCCAUCUGCUCGAGGAUGAAUCGCUGGAGCUCGCCGGCCCCCCUUGGGUCAAGGAGGGUAUGGUGAUCCACAAGCACCACCUCGACGGCAUAGACAAGAAGGCCAAGGACCGUCAUUGGAACGAGGUGUUCGCUGUCAUCCAGCGGGGCCAAAUGAGUAUAUUCUCCUUUGCCACUAACAAGUCGGUGGGACGCAAGAGCCGUGGUCGCCACGCGAGCAAGGGUCCAGCCAUCGUAGGAGGUGGCAAUUGGCAGGAAAACGCCACUAACCUAGGCACCUUCAGUCUCCGGCAGACUCUGGCGUCUACGCUGCCCCCGCCGGGCUACUCGAGAACUCGGCCCCAUGUCUGGGCUCUUAGUCUGCCCACGGGUGCCGUGCACCUGUUCCAGGUCGGAACCCCGGAAAUUGGCAAGGAGUUUGUGACCACGGCCAACUACUGGAGCGCGCGCCUGAGCACGCACCCGCUGGUCGGCGGUAUCAGCAAUAUCGAGUACGGAUGGAGCGAUGCCAUCAUCAAUAACGCUCUCGUCGCGGCCAUCAACGAACAGACCACGGGCCCGACGACAGGACGUCAGCGGUCGAACUCAAGACCCCAAAGCGGCACCGUCAACUCUCGACCUAGUAUGUCGAGCUUCCGCUCUGGCUCUCUCGACCAAGGACCCGGAGGGCCCUACAGUUCCGGCGGCCGUGGCCAUAAGCUACCUGGCGACCGAAUUCACGUUGCCGAGUGGGCGCCUCCGACACAGAGCAUGCGGCCCAGUAACUUGCCGGAAGAGGAGCAGCUCGAAGGUCUCCUUGCGUACGUCAAGGGCAUCGAAGGCGAGCUGCAAGCACACAAUCAGCUUCGCAGCCCGAUGUUGCUUGCCUUUACGCCCCGUGGCAGCAACGCCGUUCGCGCCAUGGCGAACUGGGAGCGGAAGAGCGCUUACCUUCUGCGGGAGAUUGUCAAGUUCCGCACCUACGUCGACUGCCUACAGCAGGCGGAAACACGUAGGAACGAGAUCUACAUGGAGAGAAACCUGGCCCGACGAGCGGCCAGAGGAGAACUGGAUGAAGGCGAGAUCGAGUUUGAUGUUGGACGAGACGCGACGAUCAGGGCCUAA